AGUGCGCGAUAGUUGUUAUAACCGGUAUGCCGUGAUCACGACACCACGUGGAACGCAUCUCAGUCGCGAAAAUGCCCAAUGAAGUCAUCAUCGCUUCCAAGAAAAUCUAUGCUUCCGUCGACGAUAUCGAUCUGUUCCCUGGCGCUAUGACUGAACGUCCAUUGCAAGGUGGUUUGGUCGGUCCAACACUGGCUUGUAUUAUCGGCAUACAAUUCCGUCAGCUGCGUAAAUGUGAUCGUUUCUGGUAUGAGAACGCUAAUCCCGAGGUACGUUUUACUGAGCCACAACUGGCUGAGAUUCGCAAGGUCACAUUGUCUAAAAUAAUUUGCGAAAACUUGGAGAUUCCUGGUGAUAUACAACGUGCUGCUUUCGACCUGCCUAGCAAUUUCCUCAAUCCACGUGUGCCCUGCUCCUCCAUGCCCCAAAUCGAUUUGAGUCAAUGGCGUGAAAAUGUACAAGGUUGCCAGAUUGGCAACAGACAUGUGCGCGUUGGUGAAUCUGCAUUCCCCUCACCCUGCACCAGCUGUGUAUGCUCCAGCGAAGGGCCACAAUGUGCCUCACUGCGCAUCACCGACUGCGGCCAACUGAUUCGCCAAUGGCCCAAAGAAGCCAUUCUACGCGACGAAGUGUGCAACUCCCAGUGUGGCAUCUACUUAAAUGGCAAUGGAAACUUUGCGCAGUCGCGCCAGGCAUCUGUGCAGGCACCAGUGCGCGUGCAACGCUCACGCCCACAGAACAUUUUCAAAUUCCCCGAUCUUACGCCAUUUAUUGCGUCCUUGUAGAUUAACUCGAAAGCCCAUAAAAUAUAAAUUAACUUAUAUACGUAUAAACGGGAAAAAGUAGCGAUUGAAGGAAACAAAUGAGUGACCACGUUGCUGAAAAACCGCAACAAAAGGCAAACACUUUUUGAGCAAAGCUAUUUAAUUAACAAUAAGUUAUUAUGACGUUUACAGCAAAAGGGGAAUAUAACAACAAAAUAAAAUGUGCACAACCAGUAUAUUGCACAUACGAUCCUUGCGCUUAGCGUAAGAGCGUACAGCCUACAGCCUAAAGCCAAUAACUAAUUAAAAUUAAUUGUAAAUAAUAUUAAAGAGAACUUACUACCACUACACACAUAUACUUAGUUGCCUUGCAAGUGCCUGCAGGCGUACAUCUAAUAUCUAUUGCACUGUAGUGUGUAAAUAUAUGCAUAUAGAUUCCUAUGGGCCCUACAAAUAUCGGAAGUAUAGUGAACUAUCGAAAAAAAAUUAUUUUAAAUAUAUGUAUGUAAGUUAAGUAAAACGGAAGUAGAAACCUCAAAGACUUAAGUACUUCUAGCUUUUAAUAAUGUAAUACAUAAGUAUCUUAAUAAUCAAUUAUUAUGCAUUCGCCACACACUGCUUUUAUGUCUUCCACGUUAUGAUUUCCUAUCAUUGCAUAUGUAUAAAAUCUUAACUGCCUAAAAAUAUGCUACAAGACAUACAUCUUACAUUCUCUCUAUCGUUCUAUCUAACGCGCUCUUCCUAUCUCUUAGCGUAGAUUUACGUUUCAAACUACUUUCCUCUCUACUAUCUCUUAGUUCAAUUUUUUAUCCAAACUUUUGUAAAAUUUCUAUUAUUUCUAUACUUUUUUAUCUUCGCAAUAUUUAUUUUGCAUGUGUAGUUUAUCGAACGACUUUAUUAUAUUUACUUUCUUUAUAAAAUAAUUUCAUUUUUAUACAACCGAUGAAAUAUAUGAAACGAAAUUUUUAGCUUACGAUUUUUUUGUAAUAUUUUUUAAAUACAUUUUAUAAUGAAAUAUACUUAAAUAUACUACAAUAUAUACAAACUAAUAUAAAUUGCAUAUUUUUACCCAGUGAAUAAAUGCCACAAAAUAAAAAUGAGAACACAAAUGCAUGUGUACAAAAAAUAUUUGAAGUUUAGUUGUUUAUUUAGAGAAAGUCAGAGAAGAUAUGUUAUCAUAUGCAAGGAUAUACCUCAGAGGAGAUAACACUUCAAUUAAGCU